GUGGUGAGGGCCUUGGGGUGCUCCUGGCACCCCGAGCACUUCGUCUGCGCCCGCUGCGGGGGGGAGCUGGGGGGGGGCACCUUCUUCGAGAAGGACGGGGCACCCUACUGCCCCCCCGACUACGGGCGCCUCUUCCCCCGCUGCGCCCGCUGCGCCCAGCCCAUCCUCGACAAGAUGGUGACGGCGCUGGACAAGAACUGGCACCCGGAGCAUUUCUGCUGCGUCAAGUGCGGGGAACCCUUCGGCGAGGAGGGGUUCCUGGAGAAGGACGGGCAGCAGUUCUGCCGCCGGGAUUUCGCCGAACUCUUCUCCAGCCGCUGCCGGGGCUGCGGGGGCCCCAUCCUGGAGGGUUACGUGGCCGCCCUGGAGGGGCUCUGGCACCCCCAGUGCUUCGUCUGCCGGGAAUGCUUCUCCCCCUUCGUGGGGGGCAGCUUCUUCGAGGAGGGGGGCCAGCCCUACUGCGAGCGCCACUUCCACGCCCGCCGUGGGUCGCUGUGCCGGGGCUGUGGGGAGCCCAUCUCCGGGCGCUGCCUCACCGCCAUGAGCCACCGCUUCCACCCCGAACAUUUCGUCUGCGCCUUCUGCCUCCGGCCCCUCUCCAAGGCCACCUUCCAAGAGCAGGAGGGCAAGCCCUACUGCCAGCCCUGCUUCCUCCGCCUCUUCGGGUGAGGGCGCUUGUGGGGCGCCCCAUAGAUCUCCGACGGACGCCCCACAACCACCCCAAGAACGUUCCGGGGGUCAACCGUUGGAUGGGGGGCACCGUUGAGGUGGUCUUCAAGGUGCUCCAUGGGGCUUGGAGACCUCAUCCAUGGGGUUCCGGCCACCCUUGAGGUGCCUCCCGCUGUGGGGCACCCCAUAGAUGUCCAACGGACACCCCACAACCACCCCAAGAACGUUCCGGGGGUCAACCGUUGGAUGGGGGGCACCGUUGAGGUGGUCUUCAAGGUGCUCCAUGGGGCUUGGAGACCUCAUCCAUGGGGAUCCGGCAGCCUUGAGGUGUCCCCUGCUGUGGGGCGCCCCAUAGAUGUCCAACGGAUGCCCCACAACCACCCCAAGAACAUUCCGUGGGUCAACCGUUGGAUGGGGGGCACCAUUGAGGUGGUCUUCAAGGUGCUCCAUGGGGCUUGGAGACCUCAUCCAUGGGGUUCCGGCCACCCUUGAGGUGCCUCCCGCUGUGGGGCACCCCAUAGAUGUCCAACGGACACCCCACAACCACCCCAAGAACGUUCCGGGGGUCAACCGUUGGAUGGGGGGCACCGUUGAGGUGGUCUUCAAGGUGCUCCAUGGGGCUUGGAGACCUCAUCCAUGGGGAUCCGGCAGCCUUGAGGUGUCCCCUGCUGUGGGGCGCCCCAUAGAUGUCCAACGGACACCCCACAACCACCCCAAGAACGUUCCGGGGGUCAACCGUUGGAUGGGGGGCACCGUUGAGGUGGUCUUCAAGGUGCUCCAUGGGGCUUGGAGACCUCAUCAAUGGGGAUCCGGCAGCCUUGAGGUGUCCCCUGCUGUGGGGCGCCCCAUAGAUGUCCAACGGACGCCCCACAACCACCCCAAGAACGUUCCGGGGGUCAACCGUUGGAUGGGGGGCACCGUUGAGGUGGUCUUCAAGGUGCUCCAUGGGGCUUGGAGACCUCAUCCAUGGGGAUCCGGCCACCCUUGAGGUGCCUCCCGCUGUGGGGCGCCCCAUAGAUGUCCAACGGACACCCCACAACCACCCCAAGAACGUUCCGGGGGUCAACCGUUGGAUGGGGGGCACCGUUGAGGUGGUCUUCAAGGUGCUCCAUGGGGCUUGGAGACCUCAUCCAUGGGGAUCCGGCAGCCUUGAGGUGUCCCCUGCUGUGGGGCACCCCAUAGAUGUCCAACGGACACCCCACAACCACCCCAAGAAUCUUCCGGGGGUCAACCGUUGGAUGGGGGGCACCAUUGAGGUGGUCUUCAAGGUGCUCCAUGGGGCUUGGAGACCUCAUCCAUGGGGUUCCGGCCACCCUUGAGGUGCCUCCCGCUGUGGGGCACCCCAUAGAUGUCCAACGGACACCCCACAACCACCCCAAGAACGUUCCGGGGGUCAACCGUUGGAUGGGGGGCACCGUUGAGGUGGUCUUCAAGGUGCUCCAUGGGGCUUGGAGACCUCAUCCAUGGGGAUCCGGCAGCCUCGGGGUGCCUCCCGCUGUGGGGCACCCCAUAGAUGUCCAACGGAUGCCCCACAACCACCCCAAGAAUCUUCCGUGGGUCAGCCGU